GUAAAUCAAACUAAGAUGUUGUCAAGGAUCUUACAGAUUUUCUGUUGCGAUUAUGUGCCGAAAUUAUCUAAACUGCAACGUGCAGUGGAAGUCUCUGAUAUCCUAUAAAACUCAUCAUCCCAGCAUAAAUCUUCAAGGAUAAGUCACUAUUUGAUUUGUGAAUAAUAUAUUUGUGAUUUAUCUUCUCGUGUAUAUAUAUAGGUAUCUGAUUGGUGGUUGUGGUGUAUUGACACAUAAAUCUGCCGGACAAGAGCAAAAAGAAGUAGAAAGGGAAGGGAGAUGACGAUCUCAGCAGCAAGCCCCAGCCCACUGAUAGUGUCAUUCGGAGAGAUGCUGAUUGACUUUGUUCCUGACGUUGCUGGUGUUUCAUUGGCGGAGUCCGGUGGCUUUAUCAAAGCACCCGGUGGCGCUCCUGCUAACGUUGCUUGCGCCAUCACCAAGCUUGGUGGUGCGGCUUCCUUUAUCGGCAAGGUUGGAGACGAUGAAUUUGGACGUAUGCUGGUAGAUAUCUUGAAGAAGAAUGAUGUGAACAGUGACGGAGUAUGCUUUGAUAGAGAGGCAAGAACAGCAUUGGCGUUUGUUACGCUGAAGAAGGACGGAGAGAGGGAGUUCAUGUUCUACAGGAACCCUAGCGCGGACAUGCUGCUCAAGGAAUCAGAAUUAAACAUGGGUCUGAUUAAGCAGGCCAAGGUGUUUCACUAUGGAUCCAUAAGCUUGAUAACGGAGCCUUGUAGAUCUGCUCACAUGGCUGCCAUGAAAGCUGCUAAGGAAGCAGGUAUAUUGCUUUCCUAUGACCCAAAUGUAAGGUUGCCUCUGUGGCCUUCUCCUGAGGCUGCUAGAGAUGGAAUCAAGAGCAUCUGGAAUUAUGCCGAACUCAUCAAGGUCAGUGAUGACGAGGUGGCCUUCCUUACACAAGGAGAUGCUCUAAGAGAAGAUGUGGUUCUCUCUCUGUGGCAUGAUAACCUCAAGCUGCUCAUUGUCACUGAUGGAGAAAAAGGCUGCAGAUACUUUACUAAGGGUUUCAAAGGAAGCGUGGGUGGCUUUUCAGUAAAAACGGUUGAUACAACUGGUGCUGGUGAUGCUUUUGUUGGUGCACUUCUAGUUUCCGUGGCCAGAGAUACUACCAUUUUCGAUGAUGAGGGGAGACUGAGGGAGGUUCUGUGUUAUGCAAAUGCCUGUGGAGCUAUAUGUACCACGAAGAAGGGAGCAAUUCCAGCCCUUCCAAGUAACUCUGAUGCUCUUGCCCUCAUCAAGUCUAAGGGCAACUAGAUUAGAUUAAAUGUCUCUUGAUCGCUAAGUUUCUUCAGACACCAGAAGACUCGUGCUUUUCUUCCUUUGAAAAGCUAGUUAUAUUUUGUUUGAUGCCAUCGAAUAAAUAGUUAUUUUUUAAUCGAAUAAGAGUAACUUGUUUUUG